AUGAAAGUGGCAUUAGUGCUGGCGACUUGUGAAAGGCAUUGGGCCCAAACGGCCCGGGCAGCUUUGGGGACAUGGCGCAGGACCGGGGUGUUUGCAGCGCAGGCUGUCUCCAAAGAUGGGCCGGCAACUGCGGGGGCAGCAGCGGCAGGGGCUGCCGCGGCAGCUCGACGAGUGCUGGCGGACACGGUAAGCUUGAGGGACGUCCCCAUCAAGCGUUCCGGCCGCGUGGUCCUCAAGAUGGGACCUCAUAGCGGCAUGGGAGGUCCAGCCGCGGCUGCCAGGCAUGCUGGCCGGGCAUCCUGGGACAGGGCAGAAAACGCGGUCAGGGGAGCGCUGGCCGGAGGGGAGAACGUUCCCGGCCAUAGCUGCCCGAAGCGUCGACUGCCAUGGGCUGCCUCUCGCCGCCCAGCGGUGUGCCAGGGGACGGUGGCCCCGGGUUGGACGCCUCGCCGACGUGGCAGCCAGCAAAGCCGCAGCGUCGGCGGAGUCGCUGGACCCGACGAUGAGGAGGACGCCAGGGCACCCACGCGGCCCGAUGCCGACGCAACGAAGGGGUCGGGAGCGCCCGCCCCCACGUGGCAAGCGGCGCAGGGCAAGUCGCCCAAGCAACCAGAAGCGCUGGUAGAGAUUUGCCACCAGGUGUCCCUGAAGUUUGACAAUGGCAAGCCUGUGCUCAUCCCUUCUUCCUUGCUAGUGAAGGACCUCUGUGCAUGUGAUGUGCAAAACAAGGAUGAUGAUGACAACACCUAUGUGAAGCUCGCCUCCACCAAUCAGCAAAUCAAUUUUUUGAUUUGUGCAAAGACUUGCAAAAAUGCUUCUUUGAGUAAUGGUGCCAAGAUGACUGAGCUGAAGAACCUCAGAAAUGAAGCUUUGAAGGGUACAGGCUUGGCAACCUCUUGGGAUGACGAAGGUGGUGAAGCACUAGAACCAGUCUCCAAAAAAAGCAGGAAGGUGCAAACAACAGUGACCAUAGAUGUGCAUGGAGUUGCAGUGAAGCUGCUGUGUCCUGCUAAAAGAGCAUUGGUUGCAGACCUUCAAGUCCUUUUGGAUGAGGACAUGCUGAGUGCAGUCUUCAAAUACCUUCAGGCUGAUUGCUUGGAAAAGCCAGCUGCCAGACAAUACAAAAAAUCUGGUAACUACAGCAAGGUCAAAGAGGGACAGGAGAAGAAGGGACUUGACUUUCCUGAUUGUUGGUCAGACUGGCUGGAAGCCAUGGAUAGCCAUGUGAAGGCUUUGGUGGCCAAAGUGCUGGAUGACCCUGCUCUUGGCAUCAAUGCCAAGCUGGACAAUGCCUUGGCCAUCUUGAAGAAGCAUGGCUUGGCCACAGACAUGGUAUUGAAGCCAUCAAGUCUGUUGUGUCACCCUCAGAAUAGAGGUGGCUCCAUGGUCAACCCUUUCGAUGUGCACAGGAAAGGUGAAAAUGUUGUUAGCACUGGCCUGAAGCAUUCCCUUUUGGCUGCCAGCUCUGUGUGCAUAGAGAUUGCAAGAGACCCUGCAGCCAGAAAGGAGCAAAUGGCAAAGAACCAGUCUUGCUGUGACAAAGCUAGUGGCCUACUUGGUGGUGUGCAAGGGCAAGAAGCGUAUUUGACAUUGGGCUGCAGCCAUUGGGUGAUGUAUUGCAGGGCCCUGGAGCAAGGAGCUAUGAGUCCCAAUGGUGACAAGCUGCAUGUGCCAUCUGAAUUGAAAGGCCUACUCAAUGAAGGGUGGCAAUGGGUGGUUCUCAAGCCAGAAGUGGAAGAAGCUUUCCCUACCUUCCCAUCCUGGGCUGCAGCCUCUUUGAACUCUUCGAAUGCAAAUGUCAAGGUGACUUCAGAACUUGAAGCAAUGCUGGAAAUUGCAAGUCUCUUGAAGCAGGGUAGAAGCAGUGCUGAAGCAGUGGAAGCAGUGAAGGCUGGUCUGCCAGCUUGUGCACCCUAUUUGGUGGACAUUGCUCAUUUUGUGAAGCUAUACGCAGGAGGAAAUGAGUUUCCUUUGUUGCAGCUGAUGAAAGAUUUCUGCACCAAGUAUGGGCCAUCCAUCCUCAUUGGAAGUGAGAUGAUGCACCAUUUGAGUCACUUCGACUUUAGGAUGGACAACAACAGGUUGCCCAUGACCAGGGCAGCCCUCUUGUGUUGCAUGCUCACCACCAAAAAAUGUGAGAAUGGCUUAAGCAGGCUGGUGUACAAGUCUGACUUGGACAAGCUCAAAGGUGCCUUGAAGGCAAAAACCAAGAGUAUGGAAGAUAUUCUCAAAAAUGCCCGGGAGCAUUGCCAGCAGAGGAACAGUGAUGGUUCCAGGAUGGCUUGGGGCAAGCUGGGCUGCAGGGUGGUUUUGCACAUUUUGGGAAAGGAAAAGCAUUCAAGAGACCCUCCCUUCGAGUCUGUGGAAGACAUAGUGAAAAUGUUUGGAGAAGAAGUGCAAGGCUCUUCUGCCCAGUCUGCUGCAGCUUCAAGCAAUGCUGAAACUGGACAAGGACCAGAAGUCAAAGAUUUGCUGUCAGCCUCCAGCAGUGAGUUGGCUCUUCUGGACAAUCCUCACCUCAAGCUUGGUGGCUUCUAUCAGUGCAAGGACUAUGAUGACAAGGUCUUUGUGUUGGUGCGUCUUGCUGAAGACCACAUGGUUUUUACCCAUACUCCUGUGCUGGAUGUGCCUGAGGAAGUUCAAGUCGAGUUCAGCAAGUUAAAAACGUGGAAGGCAACAAAGAGGCAGCCUCCCAAGCUUUGCCCUUCUGGUGUUGCAAGCUUGAAGAUUGCACACACCACUGAUGUGUUCAAAGCUGAGCUGAAGAAGACACAGCUGCAGCUCAUUCUCCUGGAAGCUUUCCAAAGCAGCAUUUCAGAGGUGCAUGGCUCUUUGCUCUUUGCUUCCAUGCCUGGACCAGGCUUGUUCUGCUCCCAGAAGCUGAAGAAAGGUCAGUUGGUGCUCUACCCCAUGGGCACAGUGCAAUCUCUGAAAGGCAAAGACUCUUCCAAGGUCAAGAAUGUCAUCUUGGAGUUCCAGCAGGAAAAGUUUGCUGUCCAAAGUUUCAAAAGUUUGACAGAGUUUACUUUGGAGGCUGAAGGAAUGUUGGUGCCUUAUCACUAUGUCCAAAGCAUUCCAGAGGAGGAAGAGCCCAACAUGGAAGUGAAAAUGAUGACAGUGAAAGGUGUGAAACUUCCUGUGUUGACCAACACAGUGGCUGUCCCUCAGAACACCUUGUUGACCAGAGCUUUGGCAGUGGAGAAUGAAAAUGAAGGUGAGCCUGGUGAUGAGGGAGCUCCAAAAAAGAAAAGGAAGCAUAAGGAGUAG